UAUAAGUCUACUGUUAUUAUUAUAAAUGGACUAUAGCCAAAGCCAAUCGGUAGUUCCCAUGUGCUUUCCAUACCGCCCCCCCCCCUCUGUGUUCCCAGUGGUGGUGGACAAACUGGCCAGAGAAAGAAACAGCAGCUUGUUUGAACCUUUCCACCGCAUGGCAAGACACAGAAAGCCCACACCGUUUCUAACGGGAGCCUCUCAAGGGGGAUAGGAAGGCAUCCUUUCUGCCGGUCUCAGAUGAUGGUAGACUGCCUCUAAGCCUGGAGGCUUCGGGGAUCAGCUUCAGUCCAAAAGCCGCCGCUGGAAGGAGCUGCCCAGUCCCGCCUUCUCCCCAAGCCAAAGAGCGCAUCGCACUAGGGAGUCCCAGCAAAACCGCUGUGCUCGCUGCCUUUCUCCAUCGUGGACCCUUGAAAUAAACCUACUAGGUGAGCUACACCUGCGUGUGCCAGUUGCAGCUGCAGCCAAGGGGGGGAGAAACCUCUGGAAAAAAAAGUUCAGUGCUGCUGCCUCGAGAGAAGUUGGCAUUAGGACCCAGGAGGGAGGCUGCGUUACUGGAAGCCUGGCUCCUUCAGGCUCUUUGGAAAGCGAGACCCGGGCGAGGAGGAGAGAGCGUGAAGUCAGCCGCCGGAGAGGGAGAAAGACCCCCAAGUUGCUCAGCUCCAAUUUGGCUGCCUCUGAAGCUCCCCCAGACAAGGAUGAGGACUCUUCUGGCCCUUCUCCUCCUCUGCCUGCCAGCACUUCUGGCUCAGGGGCAGUAUGACCUCGACGACCCUGCCUAUCCCGAGCCCCCGUAUGCCCCUUACGAAAUUGAGAGUCAAGAUUAUUACGAUUACGCCGGGAACGAUCUCUCCCCCCAAACUCCGGAGGAGCACUUCCAGUCCCAGCAGCAGAAUCAGCAAGAGGUCAUUCCUGCCCCAACCCCAGACAUUUCUGAGACGGAGCCCACCGAACCGGGGCCUCUUGACUGCCAGGAGGAGCAAUACCCUUGCACCAGGCUGUAUUCCAUUUACAAGCCUUGCAAACAGUGUCUGAAUGAGAUCUGCUUCUACAGCCUCCGCAGGGUCUACGUGAUCAAUAAGGAGAUCUGCGUCCGUACAGUCUGUGCUCACGAAGAACUCCUCAGAGCCGACCUCUGUCGUGACAGAUUCUCCAAGUGCGGCAUCAUGGCGACCAGCGGCCUUUGCCAGACUAUGGCCACCUCUUGCGCUCGGAGUUGUGGCGGUUGCUGAGCGGGGAAAGGGGUCGUGGCAGUGGACGGGAGGAGAUUCUGGACCACGGAUGAUGCCCCUGGUUCAUGCCCAGAGGAACAACGGCCCUUCUUGGGGGGCCCUCCCCCACCGUGGCAGUGACACACUUGCAGGGCUGCUCAGGCGUGACUCGGGCCGGGGUCUCAACAGGGACCCAACUUUGUCCUUCCAGAAAUGCCGACCAUCACGCCAGCUACCGGUUGGGUUGGGUUGAAAUGUCUUGUAAUUGCAAGUUAUAUUUUUUGUACGGAGCGUAAUUUUCUCCCCACCGACCCUUUUUUUACAAAACGAUCUUAAAAAUUAAACAGACCAAACAUGU